AUGUAUUCGUGGUUGAAGAACUUGCGCAUCAUCAACGAAAAAGGCAUCGUUUUCGGAUACGGCAUCCACCACGAGAGCUUGGCGCCUUUGAACGGGUGGACGACAACCCCAGACCUGAUCGUCUCCUUCGACGGCGUCAACAUGACCCUGCCCGGCCGCACAUAUGUCAAGCUCGACAGCCCCUGGCCCCAUCAGGAUCAGAACCCCGAAAAGACCUGUUUCCGCUGCCUUCAGGAAAUCGUCAACCUCCUGCCCAACGGCCCCAGGGACGGCGGGUUGAUUGUGUGCAAGGGCGCCCACCUGACCAGCGAGGAAUCCCACGAAGAAUUCAAAGACGAGCCCGACAAGAUCUGGGCAUGGACCAAGGAGCGGCGCGGCUUUGCGGCUAAGGGUACGCAGUGGCUCAAGAACAAGGGGUUCAAAUGGGUCAAGCUGUGCGCCGAGCCAGGAGACCUGCCGCUCUGGGACUCGCCGGUGCCGCACUGCGAUGUCAGUCCCGAGGGGCGACCUCUCCCGGUCCGCCACCUGCAUCUGCUACAUGCCCGUGGCCGAGACCACGUAGGAGGAUCUGUUCAGGAAGAUGGGGCCGUGGGACAACCUGCAGGCCGCGACGCACUGACCCAACGCCAUGCAGGUCGGGGUCCUGCCCACCCUCCCGACGAGCCGUGUGUACCGUAUAUUCAGCAGACGGCCGAGGUGAAGGCUUGCUUUAAGCAGUGA